AUGUCAAUUCAUGAUCCAGAGAAAAACAUCAAUGAAACCAAUUUCAUUUCAAAAGAUGAACAUAUCUUAGAUUCAACAAUCAAUUUUGAAGAGUCUUCAAAUGAUUUAAAACUAAACAAUUAUUCUUCAAAUUCCUCAGGCUCACAAAAAUUAUCAGAAGCGGUUGAUAUCACCGAAGAUGAUGUUAAUGCAAUUGUCCCAACAAAAGAUUAUGAAGGUGAUGCAAAUACUGUAAGAAUGUGGGUAUUGGCAUUUGUCUUUGGAACUGUUAUUGCUGGUGUGGAUUCUUUUUUCCAAAUGAGAUUCCCAACUAUUACAAUUGGAGCUAUUGUGGCACAAGUUGUUUCUUAUCCAGUAGGGAGAUUAUGGUAUUUAGUGUUACCAAAUUGGUCAUUACCUUUGCCAAUGGGUAGAAAAAUUUCUUUGAAUCCUGGCCCUUUCAAUCAAAAAGAGCAUGCUUGCAUUUAUAUGUUUGUUAAUUAUGUUGCUUCUGCUGGUUUAGUUAAUAAUAGUGUUGUGGAACAAUUUAGAUUCUUUAAUAUGAAUAUUGGUAUUCGGAGAAUGAUUCUUUUCCAAUUAUCGAGUUAUCUCUUUGCGUUUUGUUUAGCAGGUUUGGCAAGACCAAUUUUGGUCACCCCAGCAAAUGUUGUUUGGCCUGGUCUUUUAUCAAGUUGUGCUCUUUUCCAAACAUUCCACAAUCCAACUAAUGAACCUGCAGGUAAAUGGAAAAUUUCAAGAUUCCACUUUUUCGCAAUUGUCUUUGUUUGUUCUUUUGUCUGGUUUUGGUUCCCUGAUUUAAUUUUGCCAUUUUUAUCAACAAUUGGUGCUUGGAUAUCUUGGAUUAGACCUGAGAAUGCAACAUUAUCACAAGUAUUUGGUGUUAAUACUGGAUUAGGGUUAUUUCCUUUAACAUUUGAUUGGACUCAAAUCACAUCUUUAAGUAACCCAUUAAGUACCCCUUUUUGGUCCAUUGGUUGUAUUUUUGUUUCAUUUGUAUUUUGGAUUUGGAUCGUUAUGCCUGCACUAUAUUACCAAAAUAAAUGGCAAGUUGCUCAUUUCCCAAUAAUGACUUCAUCAAUUUAUAACGUCAAGGGGAAAUCUUAUGACACUUCAGCAGUUGUUGAUAAACAAUACAGACUUGAUUAUGAUAAAUUCAAACAAUAUUCACCAGUUAUGUUACCAAUAGCAUUUUUAAUGAAUGUUGCAUUGGGGUUAGCUGCUUUUUCUUCAAUGAUGAUUGCAUUCUUUUUUAGAUUCAAGUCAGAUGUCAUUGGACCUCUAAGAAAUAAAACAACAGAUGUUCAUAAUGACGCUUUAGCAAAAUAUGAAUCAUUCCCUCGUUGGUUUUAUUUGAUUUGGGGUGUUAUUGGAUUAGCUUUUGGAUUCGCAUUCUUUGAAGGUUUUAAUCACGAAACUCAACUAAGAGCUGGUGGUUACAUUGUUUCUAUGGUCAUUUCAGCUUGCGUUUUCUUACCUUUGGCAUUAAUUGAAUCAAGAUCAAAUUUUGAAGUUUCAUUAGCUGCAUUUUUUGAAAUUAUCGCCGCAUUCUGGUUUAGUGGUCAGCCUAUAGGAUUGAUGUAUUUCUAUAUGAUGGGUUUUGGUACAAUGCAACACGCUAUGCAUGCUUCUCAGGGUGCAAAAGUUGGUCAUUAUAUGAAAGUUCCACCAAAAACUGCAAUGACAUUAUUAUUGGUUGGUUCUAUUUGGGCUGCUUGUGUUUCACCAUCGGUAACUGGUUAUAUAUUGAACCACUUCAAAGAUGUUUGUACUGCAGAAGCUAAAAACCAUAUGGUUUGCAGAAAAUCUAAAACUCAAUUCAACACAUUAGUUGUUUGGGGGUUGUUUGGUAAACAUAUCUUUGCAAGUGGAGGUAGAUAUGUCUGGGUGUUAUGGUUCUUCUUAUUGGGUGCUCUUGUUGCUGCAUUCUUGUCUCUUUUACAAUGGAAAUUCCCAAAACAUAUAAUCUUGAAGAAAAUCAAUCCAACUUUGUUCUUUGGAGGUGCUGCAAAUAUCCCUAGUGUUACAGGAUUCAAUUAUUCGACAUGGUUCGUAGUUGGGUUUAUUUUAAACUUCAUAAUCCAUAGAAGAAAGCAUGUUUGGUGGAAGAAAUAUAACUUGGUUCUAGCUGUUGGAUUGGAUUGUGGUGUUGCAAUUGCAGCUUUGUUGAUUUAUUUCUGUGUUGUUUAUACUGGUGGUUCCUCCAAUUACAAUUGGUGGGGCACUGAAGUGUCCAAGUCUGGAUGUGACAGUAAAGGAUGUCCACAUUUAACGUCCAAGGUAAUUCCCCCAACUGGUUGGUGA